AUGUCACUGAAUCUGUUCGACGUCCCAGACAUUGACUAUCGGUAUGAAGCCAAACGAUGGGUUCCUUUUAAACCCGCCAAUACUGGCAGACGACCUAUUCUCUUUACCGUCCCCUCCUCCGACGAUUACUAUGAUCUAAAUGAAACCAAGUUGGAAGUGAAAGUGCGUAUGAAUACCACAAGCACAGGAGGUCUUGAUGAUGAUGAAACAGCCGCCUCAGAUGGCAAUGACCCAAAAUAUGUGUAUUGUGUCAACAAUUUUGGGCAUACCCUCUUUAAUCAAAUGAAUGUGAGCUUCAACGGCGUAUUAAUGACGGAGCAAAGCAAUGCCUAUCACCACAAAGCCUACGUAGAAACAAUGUUGAAUUACAAUCGUGAAGAAGGAAAAACCAUCCUGGCUGCUCAAGGAUGGGUCAAUGAACUGAAUGUGCGUGCUUCAUUAACCCCUACCAAUGCCUGUACUAAUGAUAAACCCAAUCCCAACGACUGGGAUGGAAAAACAGGGCUCAAGUCCUUAACCCGCCGUUUGCUAGGCAAAGCGUAUCAUACCUUUAUGAUCAAACCUCACGUGUCCGCGUUCAGAACCGGAAAAUGUCUGGUGCCAGGGGUUCAAAUUGAUCUAGAGCUCUAUUUAAACGACAGUAACAUGUUUCUCUUUGGAACGCCAGACACGACCACCUCCGUAGGCAAAAAGAUUCCCACCCUAGAAGACAAUGACAUCUUUGUCACUCUCUGGAUGAAGAAGGUCUCUCUCAAUGCCUCCGUGUAUACCAGACUGCAGAAAGAACGUAGCCUUAGUAAAACCAAGAAAGUACAAUAUCCUGUGGUUCGCAGUGAAAUCAGAACCUAUUCGUUUGAUGGCAAUAGCACUCGAUGGCAACAGGACAAUGUUUUCGUGAACAAGGUUCCUGGGAAGGUCAUUAUAGGAUUAAUGAAUUCCACCAAUUACCAUGGAAGUCUCCAACACUACCCCUUUGCCUAUCAAAAGUUUGGAGUGACCUGAGUCCGACAGACGAUUGACGGCGAAGAGUACCCAUACAGAUCAUUGGAACUCACAGGCAAUACCAAAGCAGAAGAUUUGGUAGGGUAUGACCGAUUCCUUACUGCCUCUGGGGCCUACAAACAUCACAAAAUACCUAUGAUGCGGACAGGGGAUUGGGGACAAGGCAAAAAUUGCACCCUGUUCAUGUUCAACAAUCUCCCAGGCGAUGCCCAUGACCCUGAGUACAGAAAUCCCAGACUCACAGGCAAUGUCCGCUACGAAAUUGACUUCCCGGCAGCGGUCGGUGACAACAUUACCGUGGUGAUCUGGAGCGAGUAUGAAAAUAUCUAUGAAAUAGAUCAGUGGGGUGGAAUUCUUUAUUCUGUCAACAGCUAAGAUGGAGUUCGUAGCUCUGAGUGAUACGGUCCUGAACCACUUAGCCAGACAAGAUCCCGACUUGAACAAAGUGUUUCGAGGGGUGUUUCCAGCGGACAAGUUACCGACCGUUCCCAAAACGAGAGUCUUGAGUGAUGCUUACAUUGUCAACACAGACCCCGAAGGUCAACAUGGGGAACAUUGGUUAGCUAUUUGGACGCGAAACCGAGUGCGUGAAGUCUUUGAUUGUUAUGGUUUGCCCUUAUCCACUUACAAGAACUCACAGUUACAAGCUUGGUUCAAGCAAUGGAAAGAAGUCAUUACCAGUGAUCAUACCCUGCAAGCCAUGGGCAGUCAAACCUGUAGACAUUAUGCGCUCUUGUUUUUAAAAGCCAAAGCCAGG